AUGUCCCCGAAGCCCUUCCUCGCGACGAUCACCGAAGUGAUGAGAUCGGGGAUGGAGGUGCCGGCGGCCAAGAACGUGAGCCCCAUCACCUCGGGCGGGAUGCGCACCGUGUCCCCGACCAUGUUGGCCCACCACACCAUCAGGUACGAGUACGCCGCUAUCCACAUGAUCGAUCCCAGGAACGUGAUCGGGAAGAACUUCUUACCUACAAUCGUCAAAACAAUACGUUUGAGUAGGCACAACAUCCUUUGUUAUAAAGCAAGAUGGAGCACCACCCUAUUACUGAAUCAAUGCGUACCUCAACCGAAUAUUUACAAAUCGGUGCAUAGGGAGACGAGGAUCGAUGUAAUGGCCAGCACGAUCCCCUGA